AUGAGCACACAAGACACGACAAGCGACGACGCCACCUCUGCACCAGUAGAGGUGGGGUAUCGAGAGCUGCCCUUCCCACCAGUCACUAAGGACCACAUCUUGAACUGCUCCUACCACAAAUGGCAUCCGAAAUACCGUGCCAUAACACCAAAAGCGCGUCUGAUUCCUCUCCCGUCUGCCUUCCUCGACUACCUUCGCUCAGAUGGCAUCAUCCUACCCCCCGAGGAAACCGACGACCCUUCAUGGUCGGACAACGACAGCGGCAUCUUCUCAGGCGCUGACAACAACGAUGCUGAUGAAGACGAGAGUCCAGACCCAAGCGCGCACUGGCGCGAUACACACGAGGCCAUCGAGCGUACUAUUGAGGAGCUGGGCGGCAAAGUUGCGCCAAAGUUGAACUGGAGUGCGCCCAAAGAUGCGACCUGGAUAGCCGCGACAAACAGCAUGGAAUGCCGUACACCCAACGAUAUCUAUCUACUGCUGAAGAGCAGCGACUUCGUCACCCACGAUUUGGCGCACGCCUUUGACGACACAGCCGACCAGUCUACGACGCCAGACCCAGAGAUUCCUUACCACCUCGUCUUAAGAAAGUGGAUCACACUCAACCCCAGUGUCGAGUUUCGAUGUUUUGUGCGGAACCGACGGCUGAUCGCCCUUUGCCAGCGGGAUCUGAACCACUUUGACUUCUUGUUCAACAUGCAGGACAAGCUACGCGAUACCAUUCAAGACUUGUUCGAUGCGAAACUGCGAGACACCUUUCCCGACCCAAACUUUACCUUUGACGUUUACGUGCCGCCACCGCACGACAAGGUCUGGGUGGUCGACUUCAACCCGUGGGCUGUGCGGACUGACCCUCUCAUCUUCUCGUGGAUGGAACUCCUUACUAUGGAGGUACCCGAUGCACCUUCGUCCCAAGAGACGACUGUGCGUCUGAAGAUGGCUCAACCAGGAGAUGAGAGCGUGCCGAUCAAGGCAAGUGAUGAUAACACAGAGGAAGACCAAGAUACCGACGAUGAUGAUGACGACAUUGAGGAACUAUGGCAGCCAGAGUUCCGGCUCAUAAGGAAAGACGAUCCGGAGGCUUACGGCUUCUCGACGCCACAGUACAGUGCGCACAAGCUCCCCAAGGACGUCGUGGAUGCAAGCAGUGGCGGAGAAGGUCAACUGCGAGAGUUUGCGAUGCAGUGGGAACAAGCGCAGAAAUCGCAAAUUUCCUGCAACCACAACAUGAGUGUUUCAGACAGCAGUUAUAGCGGUUUCUUAUCGUUACCUACCGAGAUACGAUGCCAGAUCUACGAGUACCUCCUCACCGAAGAACACGCGAUCACAGUCAGUGCUGGCUACACUACGUGCUUUGGCAAUAGAGUCCAGGAUCGCGCACGCAAAACCGAAAUCCCCGGUCUACCACUUGAUCUCGCGCCGCUGGCACGACGCUAUUACGAUCCGUCUAUCCUCUCGGUCGCGAAACCCCCAACGGUUCCUGUUGACAAUGGGCAUAUGGACAAUAUUGAAGGCGAGAGACUGGGCUUCUCCGCUCCGGUGGCGCUGUUGUUGACUUCUCGAUUGAUCAAUGACGAAUUGACCGAUUGCACGCGAAGACGAAGCCAUAUCGCGCAGGCGCGUUCCACAAUUGAUGCCGAUGGUGUGAUACAAGACGAUGGAGAAAAUCAAGAAGGAUUAUCACUCUACGUGUCUUAUCCAUACGGUGUCUUGGUGUUGAAGAAACAGUACCCAUACCUCUUGAAACAAGCGCGAAGAGUCUACAUCUCUGGUUAUUACACCCCUCGCCCGGAAAACGGGCUUGAUCCUCCAAAUCCAGACAUGAGCGAUGAUGAACGCUUGACGCCAUCUACUAGUUUCGCCGUAUCAUCCUUCAACGCCCCGGCGUCAGGACCAUCCACAAGCUUCACCCGGUCUGCUAGUAACCCUUCGACACGAUCAGCUCGCCACGGCGUCUCAAUCAAUCCCACACGUCCGCGCCUCCGCCUUGACCCUCCACUCGCCCGCGAGUCCCGACACUCAGACAACGUGCCUCGGAUAUUCCCGUCCUUCUCCACGUCCACGUCGAACGAAGCUCCAGCGGCCCUCGCUCACCUCAUCGCCACACUCUUCCCUAAACAUACGACGCCCCUUGCAAAACUCACAACACACAUUCUGUUUCCUGGGGAAAACUCCUACGGCUCCGUCUGGGGUGAUGACAACAGCCCUGUCUCGCACAUCCUACGUAGUAUACGCGGCGGCAAGAUUGCUAUGAAGGUCAUGCGGGGCAGUUUGGCGACAGGACUCGAGUUGACGGCUAGGCCAAAGCCCGAGACCAGAAUAGUUAGCACGAGUUGGGUGAAUUGGAAGAAGGGCGAUAUCGCUGGGAGAGGCGGAGCGAUGAACAUGAGGAGGGCAGGUGGCAGGCUGAGUGUAAGUGAUUUGGAUGCGUUCCUGAUGGGCAAGGAGGAGUCGUAG